CCCGCGCCGCCCGCCGCGCCGCCGCGCCGGCGCCCACACUCGGGGAGCCGACGCGCCGACGAACACCGAGUUCGAGUUGCGUUCGUAUUCGUGUUCGACUCGAUGCGUUGAAGCCGACGAGACGAUCGACCGCUUCUUCCUGUUAUAGUUGGCGCCGUGCUGUAUAGAAAUACGAAGCUUUAAGGAUGCCGAUGUAUCAGAGGCCGGCGUUCUGGAGAGUUCCGCACCAGCGUCCCGACCCUGACGAUGAAGUCAGAAACUCUCGAAGAGGAUUGGUAACGCCGGGUACACCGGCCGGACGGGAACUGACGAGAGGCGACAUUAUCGCAAAGAUCGACCAUUACGACGCACGAGAUCUCCGACAUGAAGAUGCGCAAAACCUUUUCAAAAACGCACCCAAUCAAAUCAAACUAGUUGUGCAAAGGAGCAGUCCAAGUUCUCACCUGUACACGAUGCCGCGUUCUUCCAACAGCUUCUCAGGGCGCUCCCUGCUCAUGCCUUCCUACUAUCGUAUGGCCGAGACCGCAAGUCCUCUCCCGACGACACAAUGGCGCGGCCCGGAGUCCCUCCCCCGCAGCACGCCCGUGCCUCCGCAGACGCAAUACGCACCCCAACAGCCGCAAUAUGCCCCCCAACAGCCGCAAUAUGCCCCGCAACAGCCUCAAUACGCUCCGCAACAGCCGCAAUACUCCCCGCAACAACCACAAUACGCCCCACAACAGCCGCAAUACUCUCCGCAACAGACGCAAUACGCACCCCAUCAGACGCAAUUCGUCCCCCAACAGGAGGGCGAGUACAGGACCCUAAUGAUGUCUCCAGCGGCUUCCAAUCGCACAGAUGAAACCGUCGACGAGUCCAUACAAAGCCAGCCAUACCGCACGACGCCGCUGGUGCUACCGGGCGCCAAGGUGCGGCGCGAGCCCGGCCCCACGGAGAGCUACCUGCGCCACCACCCCAACCCCGCCAUGCGCGCGCCGCCGCACCACGACUACCGCGACACGCUCAUGCGCCAGAAGGUGGCCGAGUCGGUGUUGCAGCGAGUGGUCGGUGAAGAUUCGAACAAGGUGGUGCACAAGCAGUUCAACUCUCCUAUCAACCUAUACUCGGAGCAAAACAUUGCCAACUCGAUCAGACAGCAGACAUCGCCUCUGCCCCCCCCGAGCGCGCCCUUCGACCCCGCCACGUCGCCCGCCCUGCGCGCGCUGGCCGAGCUGGAGCCCGAGCGGCCCGCGCAGCCCGCCGCGCCCGUGCAGCACAAGCUGUUCAGCAAGAAACCGGCGCCGAUUCCGAAAUCUGUGAAACAGUCGGAAACGAAUCUGAAAGGAAAACAAACGACCUUCUCUAAUGGACAGGUGAGCUCGCUGCAAGAGGAGCACAUCCAGCAGUCGAACUCCUUCAAGCGCCUGAUGUACCACGUGCUGGGCGACGCGCAGGCCUAGGCCCGCGGGCCAGCCCGCUGCGCAGCUCUAAGGCUAACCAAUUAUGUUUAGGAUGCUAAUAUUUAAUGCUCCCAAAGUGUGUCAUGUUAUUUUUCGGUGGAUUUUCUAAUACUCGAGUAUUAGCGAUAUUAUUUAUUUACAAUAAGUAGGAAUGUAACUAUAAUUGUUUAUCACUAAGUUUCGGUAUCUUUGUACAGAAAUACUAUAUACGAUAUGAUGUAAACAUAAUGCUGUAAGAAAUGUUGAGUGUACCGUCUAGUCACUUCGCCCCGACUCGCCCGGGGGGGCGAGAAUGAGAUUCGAACAUUUUGAAAUAAAGUAUUUAUUUUUAUGUAAAA